AUGGAAGAGCAAAAGGAGCCCAACAGCGGCCGGGACUCGACCGAGGAGGAGAGCAUGUCCCUGUCGCCGAACCUCCCAUCCCCUCCCAUGAUUUUACCCCACCAGGCCGCCCAGCAGGCCCACAGAACCACCAACUUUUUCAUCGAUAACAUCCUCCGGCCGGACUUCGGCUGCAAAAAGGAGGCGAGCUAUCGAGAGCGGAGCCAGACGCCGGGUAGAGAGAACGUCAACCCGCUGGUGGCGAGGCCGCAUACCGGUAGCCUCUGCCUGGACUCCAACUGUAGCAGCGACAGCACCUCCUCCUCUUCUUCGCCCUCUUCUUCCUCCUCGUCGUCGUCGUCUUCCUCGCCGUCUUCCAAGCAGAACUCGUCGAAACAAGGCGAAGCGGCGAGCAACGGGACUAUGAGAUAUGCAGACAGCCCCUCGUCUAUAAUGAUAGUGAGUGGCAGCAGUGCAGCUUCUCCGCCCCCAACGAAAGAAAGCCAGCCGCUGUUGUGGCCCGCUUGGGUUUACUGUACACGGUACUCGGACCGGCCCUCAUCUGCGGGCCCGAGGACACGGAAACUGAAAAAGAAGAAGAGCACCAAGGAGGACAAGCGGCCCAGGACAGCCUUCACGGCCGAGCAGCUGCAGAGACUGAAAACCGAGUUCCAGGCCAACCGGUACAUAACGGAGCAGCGGAGACAGUCUCUGGCCCAGGAACUCAACCUCAACGAGUCCCAAAUUAAAAUCUGGUUCCAGAAUAAGAGGGCCAAGAUUAAAAAGGCCACCGGCUACAAGAAUGGCCUGGCCCUGCAGCUCAUGGCUCAAGGACUUUACAACCAUUCAACGACCACCGUGCAGGAGGAGAAGGAGGACAGUGAAUAGAGACUCGGACAUUCCCUGCUGAGGGUCUCACUCUUUUGGAG